CAAACAAAGGGAAUUUCUUAACUUGUGGUCAACACAGAAAGGAGAACCUCCUGCUGAGGGAGCGCUGGGGACGGUGCCUGUGAGGAGCGCUGCCCGCUGCUCAAGAGGAUCCUUCAGUUGGGUCCCUGCUUCACACUGGAGGCAUGGUGGUCCCUGGGGACAUGGGUCCUGCUCUCCUGCUGCUGUUCACCGCAACUGGCAUCUGGCACGGCUCAACAUCCCCUGUGAUCAGCCCUGACCUCCCUGCUCUGGUUGUCAACACGGGUGAUCCAGUCACCUUGCACUGCUCAGGAGAGUCUGAGGUUGAAUGGAAAAGCCAAAAGGAGACAUUCAGCAACCACACCAGCAGCACGCUCAGUAUUCCCAAGGCCAUUUACAAGGAUACAGGCACCUAUAAGUGUGCUUAUGUCAACAGCAGCGACAAGAGUGUUGCAACUGUGCAUCUGUUCGUGCGAGAUCCCAAUAACGUGUGGUUCACCCAAUUUUUUCGGAUCUUGGUGACCAAAGGUGCUAAUGCUGAGCUCCCCUGUCUCAUCACGGCCCCCGAGUAUGGAUCCAAUGUGACUCUGGUAAUGGAUGAUACAUCUCAACUCCCACCUGGGACCAGCUAUUCUUUCAGUACUGAGAAAGGAAUAACACUGUACAAUGUGCAAAGCAAGCAGAAGGGCUAUUACCGAUGUCAAGCAGUGAUAAAUGGAAAAAUAGAGAAGUCACCAAGAAUAAGACUGAUUGUGGAAGAAGCACUGGAGAAGCCUGUAUCGGUGAUCAUGGACCCUAUAGACCACGUGCGAAUCAUGGGUGAACCUUUCCAAGUCGCUUGCAGAGUAAUUGCUCCUUCCUACAAAUAUUACAUCAGAUGGGUGACAGCGGCAAAGAGCGUCAUGACAGUUAGAACGGCCAGCUUUGAAAAUGAGAACUAUUUAAUCAGCGACAUCCUGUCCGUUCCAGCGGUGACCAUGGAAGAUAGUGGGAAAUACACUUGUAUAGCUAACAACUCAGCAGGAUCCAGGAAUGCCUCAACGAUGCUUCAGGUAGUAGAGAGAGGAUAUGUGUUCCUGACCCCAGUGCCAGCCACCAGCCAGGAGGUUGCUCUGGGAGAGAGUCUGAAGCUGCAAGUCCACAUUGAGGCUUACCCAAAGCUUCUCCACUGGGGCUGGAAGCACAGAAACCCCUCGAACUCUGAGAGUACCAAGUUCAAGACCCAAAUGAUCUCUGGAAACAACUGGUAUAACAACACGCUCUUCCUGAACCGCCUGCAGGAAGGAGAGGGAGGCCUCUAUACUUUUUAUGCCCUCAAUAAUGAGACCAAUGCUUCAGUUACCUUCAAUAUCUCCGUGAAAUCUCCUCCGAGGGUCUGCAAAAUCAAGGUGCCAGCCAAUGACUCCAGCAUCCUUCAGUGCAUGGCCGUCGGCUACCCUGCCCCACGCAUUGAGUGGUACCAGUGCCCCAUUUCCUCUGACAGGUACAGUGAUGAUUAUAGGUUGUUACUCAACGACUCCAGUCCCCAGGUGGUGAACACAUUGCCCUUCCAAGAGGUAGAGGUGGAGAGCAUUGUUCCAUUCCAGGAGCUGGGUCCAGAUUUCACCAUCUGCUGUGUGGCCAUUAACAAAGAGGGAAAUGCUUCUGACAUGUUGCACUCGCUCACCAUCACUAGAAAUGUCAUGGCCCCUCCAAACAAGCUCUUCAGCCCCAUUCUCUCCACCUGCAUAGGCACAUCGGUCCUGCUGCUCCUCCUACUCCUCUUCCUCCUCUACAAGUACAACCAGAAACCCAAGUACCAGGUGCGGUGGAAGAUCAUUGAGGCCUGUGAAGGGAAUAACUACAUCUUUAUUGAUCCCACUCAGCUGCCAUACAAUGAAAAGUGGGAGUUUCCCAGGAAUAACCUCCAGUUUGGAAAAACUCUUGGAGCAGGAGCCUUUGGAAAAGUGGUAGAAGCCACUGCUUUUGGGCUGGGCAAAGAAGAUUCAGUUCUUAAAGUGGCUGUGAAGAUGUUAAAGUCAUCGGCAGACACAGAUGAGCAGGAGGCACUCAUGUCUGAGCUGAAGAUCAUGAGUCACUUGGGACACCAUGAGAACAUCGUUAACCUGCUGGGAGCAUGUACCUAUGGAGGCCCGAUUCUUGUCAUCACUGAGUAUUGUCGUUACGGAGAUCUGCUGAAUUUCCUGCGGAAAAAGGCUGAAUCAAUAAUUAUCCAGGAUUCUGCCCUGGACACCUCUUUAGACAGCACUGCUGACUAUAAAAACAUUGACCUAGAAAAGAAAUACAUCCGCAGUGACAGUGGCUUUUCAAGCCAGGGUUUGGAAACGUAUGUUGAAAUGAGGCCUGUGUCGUCAUCGUCAUCUUCAGCAUCAUCAGAUUCUGCACUAGCCAGGGGAAAAAGCUCAGAGGAAGAAGAUGAAAUCAGGGAGGAUCUCCGUCCCCUCAGUCUCUCUGACCUGCUACAGUUCUCCAGCCAGGUGGCCCAGGGCAUGGCAUUCCUCGCAUCAAAGAACUGCAUCCACCGUGACUUAGCAGCCAGGAAUGUGCUCGUAUCAGAUGGACGCGUAGCCAAGAUUUGUGACUUUGGCCUGGCUCGUGAUAUCAUGAAUGACUCAAACUAUGUUGUAAAAGGCAACGCCCGCCUGCCCGUGAAAUGGAUGGCCCCAGAGAGCAUCUUUGACUGCAUUUACACCGUGCAGAGCGAUGUGUGGUCUUACGGCAUCCUUCUCUGGGAGAUCUUCUCCCUUGGUAAAAGCCCGUAUCCCGGCAUGGUGGUGAACAGCAAGUUCUACAGCAUGGUGAAGCAGGGAUACCAGAUGGCCAGGCCUGACUUCGCUCCCUUGGAAAUGUACAGCAUCAUGCAGGCAUGCUGGAGCUUGGAGCCCACACAGAGACCAACCUUUGACCAGAUCAGCUCCUUCAUUCAGAAAGAACUGGAGGUGCAUAAGGAGCAGGACUACACCAACCUCCCCUCUGCUGCUGAGGACAGUGGCUGCGAUACCUCUGGCUGCUGUGAUGAGUCCUGUGAGCAAGAGGAGAGCGGCCAGCCCCUUCUCAAGAGCAACAACUAUCAGUUCUGUUAACUGGUACCACUGCCCCGGGGCAGAUCGCAUGGUUCUUCUCUGCACUAGGACACAGAUGCCUUCUGCUUUGGCUCUCCUCUCUGUGCUUUCUGAAGUAUGAGUGCUACCCACUCCCUCACUGAAAGGAUGGGUUGGAGUGACUCAUAACUAAGACUCACUAUGGGGUCCCUAAAGUUUUAUCUCAAGCAUAGUGUAGAGAUGUUAGGAUGAUAACACGGUCCUAAGGCACAGAGAGGUCCCUGUCAGCUGCCUCCCCACCCCUGGAGGCGUGGGGGUGUUUGGUUCCUGUAGAAUUUUUUAUAUAGAAGUCGGAGUCAAGUAAGAUGCUUCCAAAAGUCACUCACAUGAUGAUGGAACUCUUGUGUUUUACAACCAUGUCUUGAAAUUCAAGUCUUGAAGCUGGAACUGCUCCCCAUACCACCAGGAGCUCUCUUUCUUGGUGGUCCUGCCCUUUUACCGUUGUCAGUCUGACCCUGGAUUGAUGAUGCAGAGUGAGUGUUUCAAUCCAGGUAAAGCCUCUACUUAGCAUUAACUAUGCAUUAACCUCUCUGUUUCCUCAUGUACUCUACCUCCCUGCAGCUGACGCUUCUGCAGGGUCUGCUUGAGUGAAGCAAGACAAGCAGACAAGCCCAGGGUGAUGUGAACGUGUGCCCCCCAGAGCACAGGGGCAGUUAUUUCUCAGGUGAAAUACAGAAGUAACCAGUGCUCUUCCACAGAAGCACUGAACACAACCCAAAUCCAGGAAAGAAUGGCAGCUUAAACAGACCUGGGAAUGAUCAAUAACCACAUACCCUACAGAACUUCUGAAUUAUUAAACAUGUAGCAGUCACUGCCUUUGUCAUGACUACAGAUAUGCUCUUGUACAUAACUUUCCUGAGUGUAUCGUAAUUGUACUACUGCUGAGGUGAUUUUGUUUUUUUUUUUUUUUCUUUUUCAUAAGCUAGGGCCUAAUGCCCUUUAAUUUCUUUCUCAUUUAGCUCUUGUUCAGAGUAACUAAUGCCACAACCCCAAAGUCCUGUGUAGCUAUUGGGAGUAGCUAAUGAACCUCCUCAGCUUCACCUGACUCAGGGAGUAAGGGAUCUGUAUUCCAGGUACAAACACUGACAGAGCUCAGGCAAACCACAGAACUACUGCCUGGGAGGUGCCCUUUGUCGUAGGGUGAGUGAUUACACUGUGGGCCCCUUCCAGUUGUAUUAAACCUGGGUUUACACUAACACCAAGUGAUUGAUUCUUCCCUACUAAAUGAAAAGCUAACCUGUUUCUAUCUGUCAGCAUUAUAAAGAAUAAAAGACGUUUAACAGCACAAGUCUCUUCUGGGGCUUUAAGGACUGUUCUCAGAGGAGAGUGGAUCAGAGUGAGGGUGAUGCACUGGCGCAUCUCCUCCCACGCUGCAACUCUGCUCCAGUUCCUCAGCCACCUCUCCUUACCUGUUCUC